GCGGCCGUUGCACGCUAACGUCUUUGACAACGACCUGUCCUACGCCUCCUCAGCUCCCUCUCUCUCUCUCUCAGCUCGAUCGUGGGGAAUUCUCUGAUUCUCCUUUUUGUUCUGUCAGGAAGUUUGUCUUUUGCCAUGGGGCAUCCGCUGAGAAUCUUGACGAUUUCGAAAUCUUGAGCUAAAAGCCGACGCAGCUCUUAUCCCAAUUCUUAUCCUUUUUUCUUGUUUACAGCAGAUUUUGAUCUGAAAUUUGGAUUCUGAGAGUAUUUUUGACACAAUGCCUGGAGAAGUGGCUUCCGUUCGAGAAGACGGGAAGGGCAAAAGUGGUUGUGAUUCCGAGACUGCGUCGGAGGACGAGAGGCGAAGUGUUCGGGGUAGAUCUCUGAAGAAAAAGGCAAUGAGUGCUUCCACGAAGUUCUCACAAUCCCUCAAGAAACGCGGGAAACGGGUGGUAGCCGAUUGCCGAUUCGCAUCGAUCUCGAUCCACGAUGUCCGGGACCCCAAGGAAGAAGUUGCUGUUAACGCAUUCCGAGAUGCAUUGCUUGCGAAAGAUCUGCUCCCGCCUCGCCACGAUGAUUACCACACUUUGCUGCGGUUUCUAAAGGCAAGAAAGUUUGAUAUGGAUAAAACUUUCCAUAUGUGGGCUGAAAUGAUUAACUGGAGGAAAGAGAAUGGAGUAGAUUCUUUGUUACAGGAUUUUGUAUAUCAUGAAUAUGAAGAAGUUCAGUGUUGGUAUCCACAUGGUUACCAUGGUGUAGACAGAGGGGGACGACCUGUUUAUAUUGAAAGGCUUGGCAAAAUUGAACCUAGCAAGCUGAUGAAUAUCACCACGGUGGACCGGUUUUUGAAAUAUCAUGUUCAGGGGUUUGAGAAGGUCUUCAGUCAGAAGUUCCCUGCAUGUUCUAUUGCUGCCAGGAGACACAUAGAUUCCACAACAACAAUACUUGAUGUGCACGGUCUGAACUGGGUAAACUUUGGCAAGGUUGCCCAUGAUCUUGUUACGCGCAUGCAGAAAAUUGAUGGGGAUAACUAUCCUGAGACAUUACAUCAGAUGUUCAUUGUUAAUGCUGGUAGUGGGUUCAAAUUACUAUGGAAUACAGCAAAAGGUUUUCUAGACCCCAGGACUACAGCAAAGAUACAUGUUUUAGGCAACAAAUACCAAAAUAAGUUGUUAGAGGCAAUAGACGCAAGCCAGCUACCAGAUUUUCUCGGUGGAAGUUGCUCAUGCCAGAAUGAAGGCGGGUGUCUUAGAUCUGACAAGGGGCCUUGGAGUGAUUCAAAAAUAAUGAAACUGGUUCAUGCUGGCGAAGCAAUGUUUUCGAGAGGGAUUAAAAGGUCCUGUGACUUUAACGAUUCAGAGGUCAGCUUAUCAGCCUCCAAGGUUGCAUGUAGUGAAAUAUCUUUUGCUACCUCAGGAUUGGACAUGCCGCCAAGUGCUUCUGGCUUCAGGCAGUUGGCGCCACGUUGUCACGAAAUGAAUGUUCUGAAACGAAGGUUGGGCGACCCGGCAUCUAGCUGCAACUUAGUUGAACCAGUAAGGGUCGAAAAUACCAGUUCAACAAGUGAUCCAACCAACAACAGUACCCAUAGAAAGCCGUUGAAGAAGUUCAUUCCAUAUUUAACAAAUUUAAUGUUUCAUGUCACAUUGAAGAUGUUAGCAUGUGUAUAUCUAGUACUACCUGCGUUGCAAAGAGUUUUUGCAGUUCGGCAUCCAGACGAACAGUUAGUAACACAUAGCAAGCCCCAUUUUUCUGAUUCAAGAUCUCAAGAGCAGCUCAAUUCACUUUUAAUCAAAGAGGAUCCGCUCUGGCAAAGGCUGCAACAUUUAGAAAAAUUGGUAAACGAGCUGGUUGACAAACCUACAAAAAUUCCUCCAGAGAAGGAGGAUAUGCUUCAGGAAUCUUUAAUUCGUAUUAAAUCAAUUGAAUAUGACUUGCAGAAGACAAAGAAAGCACUGCUUGCAACUGCAUCAAAGCAAGUGGAGCUUGCUGACUCACUGGAAAGUUUAAAGGUGACCAGCUUAACGCGGCAGGGGACAAGCUCUUGUUGGCCAAGAAAUAAAUCUUAUACGCCAGGAAGAUGAAUAAAUUGUUUCGUGACACAGCUUUGCCGAAGCUGCUGCUCCCUAUUGACUCUCAAAAUUGCACCAACUUCCGCAGAGUUCUAUCGGCAGACUCGAAGCUUCUCAUUUUAGGUGACUGUCACUCCAACAUUUUUUAGGCAAGCCACACUCUCUCUCAUUUCCAACUUUCUCAGAUUUCUUUGCGUUUGUGGCCAGUUGAAUGUAGUUAUCCACCAAGCAGAGAAAAGAGCAAAGCCAUCGAAUCCAGUUCUCUUAAGAUAGACAUAGGCAUUCCUGUACAUAAUACUUUAUACAAAUAUAUUACUCUGGACUGGUAUUACAAUGUGAUACUGAUUACUUGACUAACUUGUAUUCAACACCAGCUGCACAUUUACAAAAGCAGAGGCUGUGUGGCCCCCAGCACCUUUCAUUGAAAGAUUUCCCUCUUGACUUUGGUAAACCUGCUUUGUCUUGGAAUUCUAAUGAAUGGUGUUUAAGAAAUGAUUCGAUUUAAUAACCGUGUGG